AUGGGGCCAAGAGCCCUGAGCCCCUCGUGUCUCCCCUCAGAGAAGCUCAGCGUGGUGCCCAACCAGUUCGUGACGGACAAACAAUACCCCAUCAUCCUGGGCGUGCAGGAAGGGAAACUCUGCCUGUCGUGCAACCCGGCGGCCCAGCCCACGCUGCAGCUGGAGGAGAAGGAAAUCAUGGCCUUGGUGGAGGACAAGGAGCAAGCCGCCCGCUUCACGUUCCACAACACGCCCACCGGCAGCACCCACUGGUUCCUCUGCACCUCCCAGAAGAACAGCGAACCCCUCAGCGUCACCAACCAGCCGGGCGCGGCGCAGAUCACCGAGUUCUACUUUCAAAGGCUUCAGACCUAAUAGCCACCUGCCGGGGAGAUGCCCUGGGAGUGCGCAGGACGAGAAACGGCGCCCAGGGCCCCCUCUUCCCAAACACUGCUGCCUGCUUCUCUUUAGUGCUUGCAAUUAAAAUCACCUUAACUUUCUGCUGGGAGACUGGUGACUCGAACUUGCGGUGUCAUGACAUUGCCAGCCCCAAGGGAGCAAAUCCAGAGCUGUUGAGAGGGAUGGGCUAUUCAGCCCGGCUGGGUUACUGUCUUGUUCAUUAACCUCCACUUGACACAGACACCCGACGCACAGUUGGGAACAAAGCGCUCACUGUUAAAGAUCUAGCAGACGGUCCCAGCCAGACCCCACUGCAAACUCCAGAGCAGAGCUGAUUGGGGCAGGUGUUGCACUGGGAGCUUGUGCUCAGCUGAGGAUCCCCCCCUUCCCCAGCAAAAAAUCUUUUUCAGCUUCCCAGGACCGAGCCUCCCUCCUUGAAGAUGGCGGGCGUCCUUUGUUCCCAGAUGGAUCCGGUUACACUUAAAACACAUUGCUUGGUUGUGCCCAGUUUACCAAGCGAUCCGGAUCUCUCUCCCCAUGCCUUGUGCUCUUCAUUCAAUACCACUCUCCCAAAAACGUCCUGCCUGCCGGGGGGGAAGCACGGGAGUAAAUUGCCUGGGGGGUUGUGGAAUCUCCAUCCCGGGAGACAUUUCAGAGCAGGCUGGACAGACGCUGUCAGGGGUGAGCUCGACAGUGCUGGGAUGGUCGGGACUGGCCUUGACGACUCCCCAGGGCCGUGCCAGUUCUAGUGUUGGAGGAUUCUCUGAAUGUUUGGGUCACCUGCAAAUCAAAUGCUCAGGGAUGCGUCUCUGGUUUCCUCCAAGCCUCUGCUACGAAUGUUAAAUGAUUUCUGCCCCCUCCCUCUGGCGUUUUCUGAAAUGUGACCCCACCAGCCUUCGGCUGAGAGCCACGUACCGGGCAGGAGCCACGUGCUCCAGUAAAGAGUCGAUUUGCCGGUGGCUUGUUACAUUCAUGA